AUGCUGCUGGGCGAACCGGACCCUGAUCAGCUGCCGCAGCUGGCGCUGGACUCGAGCGUCACUCUGGCGACUCCUGACACAGCGGCUCCCGGCUCCUGGCUGCUGAGGGACGUUUACGGCCUGGGCACUCGUCUUGUGGUGUCGCCACCCGUUGUCUGGCAACCGGGAAGCCUCAUGCCCGCUCCUCCUUCGCGCGACAACUUGCAGGGACUCGCCAUCAAGGCCGGCAUCGUAAAAGUGCACGAUGAUUUCUCUCGCUACGACGACCUACGUUACCGGCAUCUGGACACUUGGAGCAAACUACACUACGCCAUAUCUAAAGUGGCGGCAGCCCGGCUGAAUUUCACGCACAAUAUCGUGUUCGCCGACCAGUGGGGCACGCGCGUCACCAAGGACAUGUUCAACGGGCAGGUGGGCCAGAUACAGAGGGGCGAGGUGGACGUCGCGGUCGGCGGCGUCGCCCUGCGGGCCGAGCGCAGCGACGCCAUCGACUACACCACGCCCACUGGCCUCUUCCAGCCGGCAUUCAUGUUCCGGGAGCCGUCACUGGCGGCGGUGAGCAACGUGUACACGCGGCCCUUCUCGCGCGGCGUCUGGCUCAGCUACUCGCUGGCGGCGCUGCUGCUCGCCCUGCUGGUGGUCGCCUCGCAGCGGCUGCUGGCCAGCGCGCAGGGCGUGCUCUCUGCCACUGCUGACCCCGCCGUCGCGCCGCCCUGGGUCGACGUACCGCUCGUCGCCUUCAGCAUCGUCUGCGAGGAAGGAAUGCAGGACCCGCCGCAGAACGCCUCGUCGCGCAUCCUGCUCAUGUUUCUGCUGGUGCUGGCCGUCUUCCACAUGACGGCCUACUCUGCCUGCAUCGUGACGCUCCUGCAGCUGCCCAGCAGCAGCAUCAAGACCCUGGAGUCGCUCUUCAGUUCCAAGAUGCGCAUCGUCAUCCAUGACCUGCCCUACAACAUCAACUACGGAAAUGAGACGAAGGAUCCGCUGAUCAAGUCGUUCUACCGGGAGCGCGUGUACUCGCAGCCGCGCAAAGCGUUCCGCCCGCUGGAGGACUGUGUGGCGCAGAUGCGCGAGGGCGGCGUGGCGUGCCACGCGGACGAGGCGGCCUACAAGGUGAUCGGCGACACCUUCCUCGAGUCGGAGAAGUGCAGCCUCAAGGCGGUGCCCAUGUUCCCGCUCAGGGGCAUCAUCAUGGCCGUCAGGAAGCAGUCGCAGUACAAGGAGACCUUCUCCAGGACGCUGACAUGGCUGAGGGAGACGGGCCUGCUGAAGCGCGAGUGGACGCGCUGGGUGGCGCAGAAGCCGCGCUGCCUGAACCGCGACAGCGGCUACGCAGAGGUGGGCCUCACCGAGGUGUCGCCCGCGUUGCUCAUGGUGUGCUACGGCGUCGCCGCAUCCCUGGCGGCGCUGCUAUUCGAGGUGCUGCUGCAUAGGCUGGUUGCCGCCAAGCAGGGGCACCACAAGAGGCAGCAGAAGCCCGGCACCGAUAACACGCUGGUGCCCAGUGCAUUCCUGCGCUGA